AUGCUUUCCGAAUGGUGGUGUAUUCAAAUUGACGCCGUCGUCUCGCCUGCCAGUAAGCAGCGGAGAGACGAGUCAGACUGAUAUGCACCUGGGCUCUAAUGGUGACAUGAAUGCCAUAAGACAGGAACAUCCGGUUAAGAUUCCCGGUGCUUCAAAUCGCAGAUCCAAAUCAGAACCAGCAGCUGCAGAUGGAACUCAUGGAAGUGCAAAAAUGGCUCAGCUUAUGCCGAUUAAGUACAUAUUAGUGGAUAUCAUUGGUAAUCAACUAACAAUGCCGCUGUAUAUGGGUGCGUUGUUUGAAAAACAUAACAUAGUGAAGUAUCCGCAUCAUGCUUCCCAGAAGAUGAUCAAUGAUUCUAGGAUCAUUCAGAAUCAAGUUUGGGUUCUCUUGAAAUGCGUUGAAGUUUGGGUUCUCCUGAACUGUGUAGUAGCUGAUAUCUUUUAUCCAUAUGCCUCCAAAAAGAACUGAAGCGUUUAAUUUAGCGAAGGCGUCGGUCUUCGGGCAGACUACAACAUGCCUAGAGGGUGAUUCGGUAGAGAUCUCGUCAGAGGCGACACCUUCCGUCCAAUUGUAACCUCCGUCUUUGGACUCACCAACUACACUGGCAUCACCAGAGACGAGCACACCUACUAGUGGGCCACUUGCUCUAGAUAUACGUAUCAAUUGUCGCCGCAUCCAAGUGGAACUGACGGAAGAACCGGUUACAAAAAAGGCAAGACGAUGAAUUAUCACCGGAAAGGCGAUUAAGAGAGACAUCACUAACAACGAAAAUAAACAUCUUCCUCUUAAGUGGAACAUGGAAAAAAAAAUUCCGACACAAUUUGUAGGAUUGCAAAGCAAAUCGGGAGCAUUGUUCGUGAGUCUAUUUUG